AUGAUUCAACUGAAGACCAUGGUCAAUGUAAUCGACAACUCCGGCGCCGCAAUCGCCGAAUGCGUCAAAGUCCUCCGCAGUAAACGCCACGCCCGCAUCGGCGACCGCAUAAUCGUCGUGGUCCAAAAACAACGCUCCUUCGACUCCUCCCAAGCCCAACUCUCCGCCGCCAACAAAGUCCGCCGCGGCGACAUCCGACACGCCGUCGUUGUCCGGACGAAGAAGAAGUACCAAAGACCCGAUGGGAGCGUGGUGAACUUUGACGACAAUGCGUGUGUGCUGAUCAACAAGGGCGGAGAGCCGAUUGGGACGAGACUGAAUGGAGUGGUGGGGAAGGAGUUGGGGAACUUCAAGUGGAGUAAGAUCUUGAGUUUGGCGCCGAUGCAUUUGUAG